AUGACAUAUGCACAACCCGGACCAAUUGAUGGCUCAUUGUUGCGCUUACAAGACAACCAUGUUUCUAAUCAAGUGUGGGAAGACCAAGAGAGAAUGAUUCGUCCGAGGUAUAAUUCUAUUUGGGCUUUUACCAACUUGGAUCGGAUAGAUAAUCGGGUCAAAAAUCUAAUCACUUUAGCUGGUUUCGAUCAUGUUAUAAAUGUCAGAAAAGUUGAUAUUAACCAACAUUUGGUUAGUGCGUUGGUUGAACGUUGGAGAACCGAGACACACACAUUUCAUUUUCCACAUGGAGAAGCAACCAUUACUUUACAGGAUGUGGCCUUACAGUUGGACUUAAAGAUUGAUGGAUUGCCGGUAACUGGUAUCAUCACCGGUAAUGUACGUGUUGCUUGUCAGACAUUACUAGGGGAAAAUGAUUUGUCUAAGUUGGCUGCGACAAAAUUUUCAGCAACUUCUCGUUGA